UUUCCCCUCAGUUUCCAGCGGCUUUUCCCCUCACAAAUCGCGUUCUUACCCUCCGCAGCGCUUCCCCCGCGGUCCCUCCCUCAGCCCGCCCCGGCGGGGGGCGCGGGCCGGGCCGGGCCGCGGGCGGCGGCGGCGGCGGAGGAGGAGGAGCAGCAGCGGGGCCGCUCCGCUCGCUCCCGGCGAGCCCAACAAAGGCGGCGGGGCCAUGGCGGGCCCCUCGCCCCGCUGCGAGCCGCCCUAAGCCCGCCGAGCACCGCCGCGAUGUGGCCGGGCCGCGGCGGGCGGCGCUGGGCGCUGGCGCUGGCCCUGGCGCUGGCUCUGGGCGGCCGCUGCCCCGCCGCCCACAACGCCUCGGCCGGGCCCCCGCGCUGCCGCCGGCCCGCGCCCUGCGAGCGGCUCCGCUUCGGCGCCUGCCUGGGCUCCGCGCUGCCCUACGCCGCCACCUCCACGCUGCUGGCCACCGACUCCGCCUCGCAGGAGGAGGCGCACGGCAAGCUGCUGCUCUGGUCCGGCCUGCGCAAUGCCCCGCGCUGCUGGGAUGUCAUCCAGCCCCUGCUCUGCGCUGUCUACAUGCCCAAGUGCGAGGACGGGCAGGUGGAGCUGCCCAGCCAGACCCUGUGCCAGGCCACCCGCGCGCCCUGCACCAUCGUGGAGCGCGAGCGCGGCUGGCCCGACUUCCUCAAGUGCACCACGGACCGCUUCCCCGAGGGCUGCCCGAACGAGGUGCAGAACAUCAAGUUCAACAGCUCGGGGCAGUGCGAGGCGCCGCUGGUGAGGACGGACAACCCCAAGAGCUGGUACGAGGACGUGGAGGGCUGUGGCAUCCAGUGCCAGAACCCGCUGUUCACCGAGAAGGAGCACCGCGAGAUGCACGUCUACAUCGCCGCCUUCAGCUCCGUCACCAUCUUCUGCACCUUCUUCACCCUGGCCACGUUUGUUGCUGACUGGAGGAACUCCAACCGCUACCCCGCCGUCAUCCUGUUCUACGUCAAUGCCUGCUUCUUCGUGGGCAGCAUUGGCUGGCUGGCGCAGUUCAUGGACGGCGCCCGCGACGAGAUCGUGUGCCGGGCCGACGGCACCAUGCGGCUGGGCGAGCCCACCUCCAACGAGACGCUGUCGUGCGUCAUCAUCUUCGUCAUCGUGUACUACUCGCUGAUGUCGGGCGUCAUCUGGUUUGUCAUGCUCACCUACGCCUGGCACACGUCCUUCAAGGCCCUGGGCACCACCUACCAGCCGCUGCUGGGCAAGACCUCCUACUUCCACCUCAUCACCUGGUCCAUCCCCUUCGUGCUCACCGUGGCCAUCCUGGCCGUGGCGCAGGUGGACGGUGACUCUGUCAGCGGCAUCUGCUUCGUGGGCUACAAGAACUACCGCUACCGAGCCGGCUUCGUGCUGGCCCCCAUCGGGCUCGUGCUCAUCGUGGGGGGCUACUUCCUCAUCCGGGGGGUCAUGACGCUCUUCUCCAUCAAGAGCAACCACCCCGGGCUGCUGAGCGAGAAGGCGGCCAGCAAGAUCAACGAGACCAUGCUGCGCCUGGGCAUUUUUGGCUUCUUGGCCUUCGGCUUCGUCUUCAUCACCUUUGGCUGCCACUUCUAUGACUUCUUCAACCAGGCCGAGUGGGAGCGCAGCUUCCGGGAAUACGUCCUGUGCGAGGCCAACGUGACCAUCGCCACGCAGACCAACAAGCCCAUCCCCGACUGCGAGAUCAAGAACCGGCCGAGCCUGCUGGUGGAGAAGAUCAACCUCUUCGCCAUGUUCGGCACCGGCGUCUCCAUGAGCACCUGGGUCUGGACCAAGGCCACCCUGCUCAUCUGGAAGCGCACCUGGUGCAGGCUGACGGGGCAGAGCGAUGACCAGCCCAAGAGGAUCAAGAAGAGCAAGAUGAUCGCCAAGGCCUUCUCCAAGCGCAAGGAGCUGCUGCGCGACCCGGGCCAGGAGCUGUCCUUCAGCAUGCACACCGUGUCCCACGACGGCCCCGUGGCCGGCUUGGCGUUCAACAUCAACGAGCCGUCGGCCGACGUGUCCUCGGCGUGGGCCCAGCACGUCACCAAGAUGGUGGCCAGGAGAGGGGCCAUCCUGCCCCAGGACAUCUCCGUGACACCCGUGGCGACACCUGUGCCACCAGAGGAGAGGGCCAACCUGUGGGUGGUGGAGGCCGACGUGUCCCCGGAGCUGCAGAAGCGCAGCGGCCGCAAGAAGAAGCGGAGGAAGAAGAAGAAGGAGGUGACCCCGGACCCCGAGCGCUGCCCGGGGCUCUCCGCCGUCCCCAGCGCCGUCCCUCGCCUGCCCCGCCUGCCCCCCCAGCCCUGCCUGGUGGCCUUCGCCCCCGACGUCCUGCCCGAUGCCACCUUCCCCGGGGGCCCGUGGGACGGGCGCGGCCGCAGGGCCAACGUCCUGCACGUCAUCAGCAACCCCUUCUGCCCCGAGAGCGGCGCCGCCGAGCCCGAGAGCCCCGGUGCCGGGCACUGGCACCGCAACGGGGGCCCCCUGUGGCCCCCCCAGCCCGGCCCCCUGCCCCGGCCCGGGGCAAGCAGGACUCAGGGCUGCCGGGCAGCGCUGGCCCCCAUCCACUCUCGGACCAACCUGGUGGACGCCGAGCUGCUGGAGCCCGACUCGGACUUCUGACCCCGGAGGGACGUGGGGAGGCCGUGGGGACACCGGAAGCCACCUGAUGCCACAGGGAUCCGUCCCGAACGUUCCAUCCACCCGAGCGCAUCCCGUUCCUCCCCUUGGAGGAUUUGUCUCCGCGCACUUCCCGGCCUAGAGAGGUUUUGGGAUUCCCUCCGGCGUCGCCGGGAGAAGGGAGCUGUCAGUGGGACAAGCCCCAGCUCCCACAGGGAUUUAGGGACCAGGGGGACGCCUGGGGACAGCCUAGAUCAGGGUAGAUUGGGGGCAGCUCUGCCCCAGCCACAGCUAGAGGUACGUAGAGCUCACCCCCACUUGUGCCAAUAGCGAAUUUUUUUAAAUUCCCGAUUUUUUUAAUGUUUGUAUCGUGGUGCCUCUGCUCGGGGUGAGCCAGCAGCAGCAGCGGUAGCAGCACCCCUGGUGUGCACCCCUAUUUUGGGUUCACCCCAAUUCCUUCCGAGACCCCAAAGUGCCUUCCGGCUCCCCAGGGAGCUGAGCCAGACCCAAAUCAGGAUUAGUGGGGUGGCAGCACCAGGGAGAGGGGACAGGAAGCACCUCGGGCUGCCUGGGUGCUCCUGAGCAAAAACAAAAAACCCCAAAAACCUCGGGGUGCUCGAGGUGAAUCAGGGUCAGCCACCCCCAGAGCAAAGCUUUUUUUUAUUAUUUUUUUAGGAUUAAAAAAAAAUGAAAAUCAAGUCACAGCAAACCCAGUGGAGCCCUGAGGCAGGAGGGCUCCAGUCCCUGCUGGUGUUUGGAUUUUCCCUGUUUUUAUUAAGUCCUGGUAGGCUCCUGGCUUUUUUUUUUUUCUUUUUUUUUUUUUUCUUUUUUUUUUGCUAUCCCAGUGACCUCCACGGGUUCAUUUUUGCUGUGUAAAGGAAAAACCCUCCUGUAUCAGUAUUAAAUUUACAGAUUUUCA